AUGAAGACCGCUGCUUUCUACUCUCUGGCUAUGCUGGCUGCUGCCAGCAUGGUGAGCGCUGAUGUCUCCGUCGGCGAAUGCGCUCAAAUGUGUAUCAACAACAUGAACGGCAAGGCUUCUGAAUUGGGCUGUUCUAGCGGGGACUUGGCUUGCCUGUGCAAGUCUAACAACUACCAGUGGGGUAUCCGCGAUUGCACUUCCCAGGCUUGCCCUAACGAUGAUUCCGCCGCUGUCGUCGCUGCCGCUCUUGCUGCUUGCCCCAACUCCGGCUCUUCCUCUGGAUCUGGCAGCAGUGCUACUGGUACUAAGACCGGUGACUCUGCCUCUGCUACCGGCACUGGUGCUUCUAAGACCGGCGACUCUGCUUCCUCCACGGGAACUGGUGCUACCGCUACCGGCACUGGUGCUUCCAAGACCGGCGACUCUGCUUCCUCCACGGGAACUGGUGCUACCGCUACUGGCACUGAUGCCUCCAAGACUAGUGGCUCUGCUUCUGCCACUGGUACUGAUGCCUCUAAGACCGGUCAUUCUUCCUCUGCUACCGUGACCGGUUCUAGCACCCUGAGCACUGCUGCAAGCACCACCACCGAUGGCUCCAGCUCCUCCGAGACUGGCUCCAACGGCGGCAGCUCCACCAACGGCUCUAACGGUGGUUCUAGCGGCGGUAGCAGCGCGACCGAGACCGCUCCCUCCAGCUCCUCGACCGGCGAGUCCGCUGCUUCCAAGACUGUCAUCGGUAGCGGCGCCUUGGGUGCCCUUGCGCUCGCCGCCUUCUUCGUUCUCUAA